ACAAAAUAACAAGACCAGCCGAGACAUGGAAGAACGCGAGGGAUCUUUCCCUUCCCUUUACUCGUCUAUUGCGGAGGCAGACCGACCCUCGUCGCUUUUUGAUUUUUCAAAUUCUGAACGCAAAUUCAUAUAUCUGACUCCAAAUUCUAACUCGUCAAAGGAAUUCUUCUUUCUUUUCAAAGCAAUUUCUGUUUUUUAGUUUCUUACGCGUUGUAUAAAGUCUCUCAAACCCUUCAAACACGACAACCCAGAAAACCCGCAAGCGUCGGUCAAUGUAACUGGCAGAACUGUGUCUCAACACAUAUUUAUAGAUCUGCGAUGGGAUUUUCCUUUGGUGUUAUAGAGGUUUUGGAAUUGUAGACGAAGAAUGAGUGAAGAUAAGGAAUCGUCCCCUGGUCGGAGUCCCAGGAAAUUAUUAUGCCACGCCGGUUCCGGCGCCGUUGCAGGCGCGAUUGCGGCGACUUUUAUGUGCCCCUUGGAUGUUAUAAAGACAAGGCUACAAGUCCAUGGCCUACCUCAAGCUCCGGUUUCUAGUCGCGGAGGUAGUAUCAUUGUCACAAGCUUACAGAACAUAGUGAGGACUGAAGGUCUUAGGGGAAUGUAUCGCGGACUCUCUCCAACUUUAUUAGCGCUCCUUCCGAACUGGGCAGUGUAUUUCGCAGUCUAUGAGCAACUAAAAGGCCUACUUCAUUCACAUGGUGAUGGCAAUGGUCAACUCACAAUUGGUGCUAAUAUGGUAGCUGCUGCGGGGGCUGGAGCUGCAACAUCUAUUGCAACAAAUCCGUUGUGGGUUGUUAAGACCAGACUCCAAACACAAGGGAUGAGGCCAGGUGUGGUUCCAUACAAAGGCAUAUUUUCUGCUUUGAGAAGAAUCGCACACGAGGAAGGCAUACGGGGACUCUAUAGUGGCAUUCUUCCUUCGUUGGCUGGUAUAAGCCAUGUUGCAAUUCAGUUUCCCGCGUAUGAGAAGAUCAAGUCUUACAUGGCCAAGAUGGAUAAUACCACUGUUGAUAAUCUGAGUCCUGGUGACGUUGCAAUUGCUUCCUCAGUAGCCAAAGUACUUGCCUCCGUGUUGACAUACCCGCACGAGGUUGUGCGUUCAAGGCUUCAAGAGCAAGGUUAUGUCAGACAUCAUGAUGCUCAAUAUGCUGGGGUUGUUGACUGCAUUAAAAAGGUGUUCCGUAAGGAAGGUUUUCCUGGCUUUUACCGCGGUUGUGCAACUAAUCUGUUGAGAACAACUCCCUCUGCCGUUAUUACAUUUACUAGUUAUGAGAUGAUACAUAGGUUUCUGCAGCGCAUUAUACUACAAUAUCCUAAGCAUUCAACUUCCCAGACUGAAGCUGAUGGCGGCGUGAAGCAUCAGCAGGAAAAUGGAGGCACUAAGGGGAGUAACAACACUGUUUUGCAGCAAUCACAAACUCAAUCAAAUAAUAUCACCCACCCAAUAUCUCUUGGAAACAAAGAACAGCUAUCUCCGGGAAAUUGAUUGAUUAUUGUUCUUAUUUCCUUCCAUUAAUUUUUUUGGCCCAUCUCCCAAUUGUGUGGGAAAAUUUUCCAUAAAAAUAGGAUUAUGAUUCUCCAAUGUUAUAGCAAAUAAAAUUGCAUCAUCUUCUUGAAUAUGAUUCCCGUCGCCUUGCUGCCUACUGCAACCGGUGAUGGUUCUUUGCAUGUAAGAAUUACUAGUCCAUUUACAGGCUAUGAAAGUCGGACAUGAUAGUAUCGACGUUUGGUCC